GGGCCCAGACGGGGCAGAGACGAGGCCAGAGCCUGCGCUGCUUCGCGCCCACCCAGCCAGAAAUGACGUGAUCUCCGCCCACAUUGCCCCACCCACCUUGGCCUGCGCGAAGCGGGAUUGCGUAGCGCGGGCCGCAGCUCGGGGGGCGGUGCCUGGAUCGCCUACGCCUUUCCUUUGGGUUCACGCAGCGCAGUCUUUGUCCGCCCGCAGCGCCCGCUGCGCUUUGUUCCAGGCGUCCGUGCCUCGGCCUGCUCGCUGCGCCUUCGAGCAGACCCGCCGCGCUGGCGUCGUCCUCGCCCCCCUCGCCGCCAGCCCCCGCACGCGGCCGGGCCUUGCCCUCCAUGGUCUCCCGGCCCGAGUCGGAGGGCGAGGCGAUGGACGCCGAGCUGGCGGUGGCACCGCCGGGCUGCUCGCACCUGAGCAGCUUCAAGGUGGACAACUGGAAGCAGAACCUGCGGGCCAUCUACCAGUGCUUCGUGUGGAGCGGCACGACAGAGGCCCGCAAGCGCAAGGCCAAGUCCUGCGUGUGCCAUGUGUGUGGCGUCCACCUGAACCGGCUACAUUCUUGCCUCUACUGUGUCUUCUUUGGCUGUUUCACAAAGAAGCACAUCCACGAGCACGCCAAGACAAAGCGGCACAACCUGGCCAUUGACCUUACAUAUGGAGGUAUAUAUUGCUUUUUGUGUCAGGACUACAUCUACGACAAAGACAUGGAAAUAAUUGCCAAAGAAGAACAGCGGAAGGCUUGGAAGAUUCAAGGUGUUGGAGAGAAGUUUUCAACUUGGGAACCAACCAAGCGGGAGCUGGAACUGCUGAAACACAACCCAAAAAGGAGGAAGAUCACUUCCAACUGUACCAUAGGUCUGCGAGGGCUGAUCAACCUUGGAAACACGUGCUUCAUGAACUGCAUUGUCCAGGCUCUAACCCACACACCACUCCUUAGGGACUUCUUCCUGUCUGACAGGCACCGCUGUGAGAUGCAGAGCCCCAGCUCCUGCCUGGUGUGUGAGAUGUCCUCGCUUUUUCAGGAGUUUUACUCCGGGCACCGGUCUCCACACAUCCCAUACAAGCUGCUGCACUUGGUAUGGACACACGCACGUCACCUGGCCGGCUACGAACAGCAGGAUGCGCAUGAGUUUCUCAUUGCGGCACUAGACGUCCUGCACCGACAUUGCAAAGGUGAUGACAGCGGGAAGAAGGCCAACAACCCUAAUCACUGCAACUGCAUCAUUGACCAGAUCUUCACGGGUGGGCUGCAGUCUGAUGUCACCUGCCAAGUCUGCCAUGGAGUCUCUACCACCAUAGACCCCUUCUGGGACAUCAGUUUAGACCUGCCUGGCUCCUCCACUCAGUUCUGGCCCCUAAGCCCAGGGAGCGAGGGCAGCAUGGUAAACGGGGAAAGCCAUGCAUCGGGCACUACAACACUCACGGACUGCCUGCGGAGAUUUACCAGACCAGAACACUUAGGGAGCAGUGCCAAGAUAAAAUGCAGUGGUUGCCAUAGCUACCAGGAGUCCACCAAGCAGCUCACCAUGAAGAAGCUGCCCAUCGUGGCCUGCUUUCAUCUCAAACGGUUUGAGCACUCAGCCAAGCUGAGGCGGAAGAUCACCACAUACGUGUCUUUUCCCCUGGAACUGGACAUGACACCUUUCAUGGCUUCCAGCAAAGAGAGCAGGAUGAAUGGGCAGUACCAGCAGCCCACAGACAGUCUCAAUAAUGACAACAAAUACUCCCUGUUUGCUGUUGUUAACCAUCAAGGGACCUUGGAGAGUGGUCACUACACCAGCUUUAUCCGGCAGCACAAAGACCAGUGGUUCAAAUGUGAUGACGCCAUCAUCACCAAAGCCAGCAUCAAGGACGUGCUGGACAGCGAAGGGUACCUGCUAUUCUACCACAAACAGUUCCUGGAAUAUGAGUAGCCUUAUCUGCAGCUGGUCAGAAAAAAGGAAGGCAACAAGUUAGCAAGCCUCAUAAGAUGACCCCCAGCCUCCCUGACUCCAUGAUACCGCCUCCCUUGCCAGCAUCUGCCCACAUGGCUCCUCUGUGAGGGGAGCCGGUGCCAGAGUAGACAUGCGCUGCAGAGCCUUGCAGGAGAUAGCUGAGUGGGGCAUGUACCCUGGUGGGAAAAGAGCCAGGACACCCUCACUGACAGCUCUCCUGUGCUCCUUAGAGCUCCAUGGGGUCCAGGGGUUCUCACAACACAGAGCAGCUUUUGCCUGGUGUUUCCUUCCCACAUGCAGAGUUUAAAAGGUGCUCGCCUGUUCAAAACUUUUGGGUCCAUUGAUGCUGUAAAAUAGACGUUCAAGGACAGAAGACUUGCAUGCACCUUUCUCUCGGGGGAGGGCCUGGUAGUGUGUAGUGUGAACUCCUCACCCCAUUUCCUGCAGCUGUCCAGCAGCUCCAGAGCCUACGGACCCCAGGCCUCGAGUGGCUCCAGGUGUCUGUUCCGCAGGCAACUCAGUGUCCCUGCAUGUGGAAGCAUCAGCCCAGGUGUCUCCUUCCGUUGUCCUAGGAUAGGCGUUUUCUUUUCCUUCCCUUUCUUUCCCACAGUGGUGAAUUUAUAAGUGUAAUAAUAGUAAAGUGAAUGAUUAUCAAGUUUUACUAAAAUCUAGAUAGUUUCUCCCUUAUUCUCAAGAGUGAGCCUUGCUUUUUUAACUAGUGCUGUUCUGUUGUUCCCCCCUACGCAUACACCUUUUCCCUCCCCAGGAACAGCAUCAAAGGCUGUGGAGGACUGGCUGCCACUCAGAAAGGUGUUUUGAUUAAUGAAGAGUUUCUUGGUGGCUCCAUUGGCCCCCUUCCUCCCCUUUUCCUUUUUUUCUCUCUGGUCAUUGGUCUGGUCCCAGUGCCUCUCCAGGGCUGUGUGGUGUCCAUGCAUUGGAUUUGAAGCUAAAGGGUCCCUGAUGUGUGUCUCUGCAUUUGCUGUGAUUUCGGUUGUAGUGGGAAUAAAAUGACUUUGUGAUUGAGCUUAUCAGCAGACCUAAUCAAGGAUGUUCCUUGUCAGAUAUCUUUGCAUGAAUCUUUCAAUUCAAACCCAGACAAUUCUGAGCAAUGACAACCUGGGGGACUUGAGGUUAGGAGUGCAGUUUUAACCUAGCUUGUGUCUCUCUGCUGUCCCUGCUCUGCAAGAGCUGUCUGUAUGUGUUGUGGGGUGUUCAUCCUGGAGGAGCAGGGCAAGCUGUAGCCAGGUCCACAGUGCUUCUCUUAGCACCAGGAUGCAAGUUGUAUAGGCUUUGUGGGCUUCACCUUUUCUGUCACAGGUAGUGCUAAAUAGUGAGCAUGCCGUGUUGUAGUACAUAGUCCUGUACUCGUGGACUGUGAAAUUUGAAUUACAUACAAUUUUCAAGUGUUAAGAAAUUUUUGAGUUUUUUAAAAACUAUCUGAAAAUGAUAAAACUCCUUAGCUGACUGGCCACACAAAAAAGCAGGCAGGGUCUGGUUCAUAGCUAGUUAAGUUGGGGUGGGGGCAGUGAACACAGGAAGCACCAGUCACAGAGUUGGCAGGUUGCAAAGUAGCCACAGUGGUAUGGUGUGUAAGCUCUUGCCUAGUUCAUUUCUCUGUUGUAUUUCUGCAUUUAAAGAAUACGUGUUGAUGUGUGGUUUAAAAUAAGCAUCUUCAGAGGAAUUUGGAUGGGCCCAAAUUUUCAGGCCUGGCCCCAUGCCACCAGGUUCUACAUGUCUGUGACUAUGCUGUGAAGCUCUCUCUGGGGAAGAGAUGUUGUCUCUUAAUCAGGAACAUAUCUGUUGGAAAGGAGACAUAGCUGAAGUCGUCCUGUAGGGCUCUGAGCCGUGAAGCCCUCCCUUCGGUGCCCUGUGAUGCCUGGCCUUAAUGGUUGUUUGGGAACAGGUGAGAAACAAGCAGGUGUGCCGACCAGGCCUGCUGCCCCAUCCCUACCCACCCCCUACCUGCCUCUGCUUGUGUACAGUGGCAUUGUUUGUUGUGGAACAUUAUCUACAGAAAAAGCCACAUCAGUUUUUUAUAGGCAUUAUUUUAAACUUUUAUCCAGAUUAUUCCCCUGGUCUGUGGUUUUGGCAUUCAAAGCACUGUCUGGGCCAGAGGCCCGGCGUAUCACAUUCCUGCUUGGCCUUGCCUUAUGCUGGGCAGGCCCUCAGCAUAAGGUCCCCCAUUUGAUAUGCUCAUGUGUAUUUGCUUUGUAGGGAACAUCUUUACAUUAUAGGUUUGGGCAUCUCUUUUCUUAGCUCCCAGUCUGGCUACUGAAUCAGGAAAAUGGUUUGCCUGUUUCCUCAUAACCAACCUGUGUAGGUGUUCAGGUUUUCCCAGAUGGACUCUUACACCCUGCCCCUCAGAAAAUUAAGAGAACCUGUAUUUCUAAGAUGCCAGCUAUCAUCUCAGAGCUUCAUCAUAGCGCAAUGGACCUUUGCUCGUCAGACAUCUAAAGGGAGCAUUUGAGCAUGUGAAGUACCAGAAGUGAAGGGUGGCCCAGGACAGAGCGAUGUCCCCCCUCCCCACCCCAGGGCCUCUCCCAGCAACACCCUGUGCUUUAUACCUGAGUGCCAUCCUACCUUAGCUUGGUGUAUAUGCUUUCCUUGUGUAAAAUCGCUGUUCUUUUGACAAUUCAAGUGACUUGUUUUGUUUAUUGUAGCUGAAAACAAACAUUGUAAGAAAAAAUUUCCAUAAUUGUGCUGUGAUUCAAGAUUUUAUUACCAAAAUGUUUACACCCACCUUCUCUGUGUCCCUUUGAGGGCAUUUGGCCCUCUCCACCCCAGUGGCUUGUAGUCUUUCCUGUGCUAUAAUAAAGCUACAUUUUAUUCUGAAAA